AUUUCUCCAACUAAUAGUUCAUGAUUGGACAUGAUUUCUUUAUGCAUUCCUCUCCAUUUGAAACUCUGCCACACUCACUUGUAAAUGAAAUGGUCUCCUUUCUUGUUAUAAGCUCCCCUUCUUUUAGAUAAAGAGAGGACAGGCUAUAAGUCGGCUGCAUAACUGAGAUGGCGUUUGUUUGGUUUCUAAUUUUCUCUCUGCCACUUGCAAUUGCAGUGGCACCUCUGCUCGCAGAACUCCAAGAGAAUAAGUUGGAAGUCAACCAGUCUGGCAUAUACGUUAAGAUCUAUCACGUUCAAGGGCCUGAGUCUUCUCUCACCCCAGAAUUCUCCUUAUCCUUCUCCAAUUUUCUCUUGCGUGAUGAAGAACGUGUUGAGGCUCUCAAUUCCAUAGUAGCCCAAGACAGGGGCAGGGGCAGAGGCAGAGGGAGUACAAAUUCCGCUUUAUCCCAGAGAUUAGGAUAUUGGUCAAGUGCAAAGUCUUUGAGUAUCCCACUGAAUCCAGGUUUAUCCAUCGGCACAGGGAACUACUAUUUCAGGAUAGGCCUUGGAACUCCGGUCAAGUACUAUGACGUGCUCAUGGAUACAGGCAGCUCCUUCUCCUGGAUCCAGUGUGAGCCUUGUAAAGUAUACUGUCACGGCCAGGCAGACCCUGUGUUUAAUCCCUCUGCAUCUAAGACAUACAAAUCUCUCUCAUGUGCCGCCUCUGAGUGCUCUUCACUCAAGGAAGCAACUUUGAACAACCCUUUAUGUACUACUUCAAACAAGUGCAUAUACACGGCCAGCUAUGGUGAUUCAUCAUACUCAAUUGGCUACUUAAGUCAAGAUUUACUGACCUUAUCACGAUCCCAAACCUUCUCCAAUUUCCUAUAUGGAUGUGGGCAGGACAAUGAAGGCCUGUUCGGAAGGGCAGCUGGGCUAGUAGGACUAGCCCGUGACAAACUCUCCAUGCUAGCUCAGGUGUCCUCCAAAUAUGGAUAUGCUUUCUCUUACUGUCUGCCCACAGCUAAUUCUACUGCCGCUGGAGGUUUCCUGAAAAUAGGAAAGCCUUCUCUAUCAUCAUUCAAGUUCACUCCCAUGAUCACAGAUCCUCAUCAGAAUCCUAGUUUGUACUAUCUAAGGUUGACAUCUAUAACUGUGGCAGGUAUCCCUCUUAGGGUGGCUGCUGCUGAGUAUAGAGUCCCAACCGUCAUAGACUCUGGAACUGUUAUCACACGCCUGCCAAUGUCUUUGUAUUCUGCCUUGCGAGAUGCCUUUGUAAAGAUCAUGUCCAAAAAGUAUGCGCAAGCCCCUGGAUUUUCGAUAUUGGAUUGCUGUUUCCUGGGGACUGUCAAGACUAUCUCGGCGGCACCUGAGAUUCAAAUGAUGUUUCAAGGAGGAGCUGACCUCACUCUUGGUGCUUCCAAUGUGCUCAUACAAGCUGAGGAGGGAGUUACAUGCUUGGCCUUUGCUGGAUGGAGCCAAACAGCCGUUAUUGGAAAUCAUCAACAGCAGACUUUUGAGGUUGCUUAUGAUGUGUCUGAUUCAAGAAUUGGAUUCGCGGCUAAUGCCUGCCACUGAUCCCUACCAUUUUCCGUUUGAUAAUUAAUUAAAGUGAAAUAUAAUAUAUUUGAAUAAUCACACUGCAAAUCAACCGCUAGGAGAGCUCAUUGUGAAUGAAUGAUUUGUCCCAGCUUUUUAAUUGUAAAUGUCAAGGAUAUAUAAUUCCAUGUCUUAA